AUGGCAGACGUCGUCAACUCCAAGCCCGAUUUCUUCCAUAGUGAGGGUCUUGGUCAGAAAGAACCCAGUAUCAAGCUAGCCAAGUCUCAAACCAAUGAUCAUCCUAUUGAGGAUGAACAGUUUAAGCAGAUCUCUCGGCGUAUCGUUCGCAAGCUAGACUUUACGUUGAUGCCGAUUAUUUGGCUGCUGUACCUGUUCAAUUAUCUCGAUCGAACCGCCAUCGCCCAGGCCAAGUUGAAUGGCAUUGAGGAGGAUCUCAACCUUACUGGAGCUCAGUUCAGCACUGCUGUCUCGAUCCUGAACGUUGGAUACAUGGUCAUGCAGAUCCCCAGCAACAUGAUUCUUACUCGCGUCCGUCCUUCUAUCUACCUCCCUAUCUGGGCCUGCGUCUGGUCCGCUGUCUCUGCCAGCACCGCCGCCGCCGACAACUUUGGCCAUCUCAUCACCGUUCGAUGUCUCCUCGGCAUCGCAGAAGCUCCAUUCUUCCCUGGAGUCUUUUUCCUUUUGUCCUGCUGGUACACGCGUGGUGAACUUGGUCUGCGCAUGGCAAUUCUGUACUCUGGUCUUGUCGUCGCAACAGCUUUCUCUGGUCUCAUUGCAGCUGGCGUCUUCUCCAACCUUGACCAGGUCCGAGGUCUCGCUGGCUGGAGGUGGCUCUACAUCAUCAUCGGAUCCGUAAACUUUCUGUUGGCUCUUUGCGCCGUCGUUUUACUCCCCGACUUUCCCGAAUCUAAUACUGGGAGCCAGAAAUGGCUCUUUACCGAGGAAGAGCUUCGAGUUGCUAACCAGCGACUUGCCAUUGACCGCAUCCCGCAAGAGAGCAACCGUUCUGUCUGGUGGGGGUUCAAGCGAGCUGUCACUGACUACCGAACUUGGGUAUUCAUCUUUAUGCUUAUCUGCAACCAUGCUGCCUACGGCUUCAAUUACUUCUACCCUUCUAUAGUCAGUGGGUUCGGUCUUGGUUCUCGUACCAUUACCCUUCUGUGCACAGCACCGCCAUUCCUCAUUGGUGCCAUCGCGUCCCUGUUCAUCUCGUGGUCAAGCGACAAGAGAAACGAACGGUCCUACCAUAUUGCCAUCCCUAUGAGUAUUUCUGUGGUUGGCUUCGUCAUCUCAGUCUCAACGCUCAACGGACCGGCUCGAUAUGUGGCCUCAUUCUUAUACGUCACCGGUUGCUUCGCUGCCAACGGUCUCGUGUACUCAUGGGCCGCGGGCGUCCUUAACCAGACGCCUGAGAAGAAGGCGGUCGCCACAAGCAUGAUCAACGUUAUCGCCCAGCUUGGAAACAUCAUGAGCCCCUACUUCUUCCGAGAUCAGGACGAGCCGCGAUAUCUCAUGGCCAUGAUUUUGUUGAUUGUGUUUGCAACGCUGAGCGGCCUUACCUGUCUAUUUUUGAAGUGGGACUUGACUAGAGCCAAUAACAAGAUUCUGGCAGAGGCUGCCAAUGGAACGGAGCCCAGACUUUUUUCACAUUGA